AUGGAAGGUACGUCGGGGACUCGGGAGCCCCGGGCCCGGCCAAGAGAGCGGGACCCAGACCGGCACCUCCGCCCGGACCGAGACCGCCACCCCGAGCGACACCGGGACCGACCCGGGGACCGGCGGAGGGAGAGAAACGGGGGCGAGCGGAGGGACGGGGACCGGGACAGGGGGAGGCACCGAGACCCUCGCCAGGACAGACACCGGGUCGGGGACCUUCGCGCCGGUGAACAAAGAGUCUGGGAAAAAUCCCAUCAAAGUCGGACGCGGGACAGACCCCGGAGGCCGACCUGGGACGCAGCCCCGCCCCCCUGGCCCGCACCUUGGGAAACCCCGGAGCUACCGCCCCAGAGGAAGGAGCGCUUCGGAGCCAGUGGCCCGGCAAGUUACAGUGAACCCACUGCAGGGAGAUACCUGCCCUCGAACCCCAGGUCUGGACUAGAGGAAGUGGAAUAUUACCAGUCAGAGGCUGAAGGACUCCUGGAAUGCCAUAAAUGCAAAUACUUGUGCACUGGGAGAGCCUGCUGCCAGAUGCUGGAGGUGCUCCUGAACUUGUUGAUCCUGGCCUGCAGCUCUGUUUCUUACAGUUCCACAGGGGGCUACACAGGCAUCACCAGCCUGGGGGGCAUUUACUACUACCAGUUCGGAGGCGCUUACAGUGGUUUCGAGGGCGCUGACGGAGAGAAAGCACAGCAGCUGGACGUCCAGUUCUACCAGCUGAAGCUGCCCACGGUCACUGCGGCGAUGGCCUACAGCGGAGCCCUUAUGGCCUUCUGCUGCCUCCUUGUCCUCCUGGGCGUCCUGCGGGUCCCGUGGCACUGCCCCCCAUGGCUGCUGAUUGAAGGCUUGUUGGACAUGCUCAUCGCGGGGGCCUAUGUCCCCGCUCUCUACUUCUACUUCCACCAGCUCUCGGCUGCCUAUGCGUCCCCGGUGUGCAGAGAGAGGGAGGCGCUGUACCAGAGCAAAGGGUACAGCGGCUUCAACUGCACUUUCCACGGGGGGGAUAUAGGAGCUGCGGUCUUCGCCGUCCUGAGCAUCGGGCUCUUUGCUCUGGGGGCUGUGCUGGCCAUCCGAGGUUACCGGCAGGUCAGGAAGCUCAAAGAGAAGCCUGCAGAGAUGUUGGAGUUUUAGGCCUUUUAAGCCAACCCGCCAAAUGUCAGCGGUGGAAGUUACUCCGAACCACUGUCUUUCACGGAAUACUUGGCCAUGGGACUUGCCUGCACUUGAAGAGGGUGGGGC